AAUUUCUCACCUUCUAUUAUAAGUCAAAUUUGGUAGAAAGGAAUCGGAGAUUAUAUUUUAAGCUAUAUCCCCAAGCCGUAAUCCAGAGUCACUGCCACAUCAUCAGAGAUGAUUUGUAGAAGCAUCUUAUUUGCUUGUGUCGGUCAAGUGUUUUUCAGAAGUCAAUUCAUUGUCUUUUUUGUUCCAUCUUUCCAGGUGAGGAAUGUAGGGAGGCGGACCCAGACCACGUCCUCCAGACGCAGAAGGUCAGAGCGAAAAAUCACCAGAAUGGUGGUGGUUGUUGUUGCAGUGUUUGCUUUCUGUUGGCUGCCGUUCUAUGCUCUCAACAUUCUGAACCUCCUCGUCGUCCUGCCUGGAGACUUCAGAGGACUCUACUAUUUUGUUGUCGUUCUUUCGUAUGCAAACAGCUGUGCCAACCCAAUACUGUACGGUUUUCUGUCAGACAACUUCAAGAGAGGCUUCAGAAAGGCUUUGUGCCGCACUUCACGCAAGGUGAAGAACAAUGACAGGGCUGCCACUGAGGCACAGCGGCCCACAGAGGAGUGGGGGGGCAUCGUGCUCCUGACGCAGAAGAGAAUCGGCAACACACAUGGGAAAUACUGUGGUGGAAACGACGUCCUGGAGGAAGUAUCUGGAGCAGGUGGAGGCUUGCCAAUGAGACAAAGAGGUAGCUUGUCACAUAAGGGAUACAACUCCAAAGCAGAAGAAGAAACUAUAGCCCAUAUUAUGCCGAAAGCUACUCCUGAACUGACUUCAGGUGUUAAUAAUUUUGAUGUUUCUCAUUCCACGGCUAAUAAAAGUGGAAACAGGAACUCACAAACCGAGAAAGUCCUGGAAAAAAACUCUGUGCUCGAUAUCAGCUAUCUGUAAAAGAUGAUAAAGCUAUUUACAAUAAGAAGGCCUCUGUAAAUUUCCAUUGUACAUUUCUUUAAAGUUCUCUGUGAUACCAGUUUGCUUUAGAACUUAUUUGUAUUGAUGGAAACAUUUGUGUCACAAUUCAUUUUGAAAAACCAUAAAAGUUGGAAUGUCAGACUGUAAAUCAGAGCUAGAACUGACAUGUAAAUGUUUAACUGUUCAAGACACGGAAAAUGUAAGUAUUUCCCAAUGCUUUUGUCUUUAUGUUUGCUUAGACUUUAAAAAUCACUAGAGAAUGCAACCAUGUUCUCAUCAGACUGCCAGGUUCAAUUUUCUUCACAGAAAAGGCUCAUAAGGGUUAAAACUCACAUUUAGAUAGGAAGGGCUUUUUUAAAUGCAUUAUUUCCAAAAGCAUCAGUGUGUAUUGCUGGUACUCUAAAGGUAAUUUUAACUUUUUUAAACAAGGAACAUCUGAAAUGGCUUUUUUCGCUGCAUGAAUCAGUUCCCCUGUGGUAGAUGCCAGUUAAUGACCUACUGUGAAAUGGAAAUGCCUUCUGCAGGCUUCAAACAGAUAUCAUUUGAGCUUUUUAUGAAGCAUAAUCUAUACAUUCUCUGGUAUUUAGACUUAAGCAUUAUUAUAUCCAAGUCAUAUAUUGACCAAAAUGAAUGAAAUAAUCUGUCACCUUUUAGAAAGGAAAGUCAAAGCAGAAAGUCAUCAAAACAGUACUUCUUAAGUGUCCUUUCAAGUUGAAUCUGUUCAGUUACAUUGCAGUAGCAUGCCUUUAAUGUUUUGCAUGAUAAUUUGGAGAUAAAGGAGCAGAAACUGUAUUUAAGUGUUGAGAAUUUUACUCUUAUUGCCUGGGUAACUUAAAUCAUGUCAAUGCAAUGGUCAUUGUAUUAGUGUUGUAUUUCGUAUUGGAAUAUGUAAUAUAUGCUUUAUUAAAGACGUUACAAAACCAUGACAUAAAUGUUAUAUAUAAAGAUAUAUUAGCAAUUCUGUGUGAAAAUUGAUAAAGAAUGAAAUCUUGACUGUUUUUAGUGUUUGCAUUUCCCCUAAUAAAGGUUGUGUUGUAUACCUUGUCACUUGAAAUAUUCUGAACUCGUACACUGAAGCAAACAGAAGGUAAAAACACAAAAAUUUAUUUUGGAAAAGUGUUUCAAAUGCAACCCAAGCAGACGGCAAGAAAUAUUCUGGCUGGUUUGUCUAGCUGUUGAAUAGAAGACAAAUACCGCCCUCUAGUUGUAGCCAUGAGGAAUGCAUGUUUGAUAUCUGAAACUUAAAGAAAGGCUGCAAUAAAGAAAAAAAAAAAAUCUUUCAUGUCUUUUAUUUUCAUCUUUCUUUUCUGCAACUGCAGCAGAAUAACUUUCUAAAACACUAUGUGGUUUGCCAUAUGUCACAUCACAUUCCUUUUGAUUUAGCCAUCCGUCUACUCGGGUACAACAUCUCCAAUCCACUUCAGGUAAGGUGGGUUGCCCUGGUCAAUCGGUAGACUGAUGACCUCGGCCACCUCAUAGGGGUGAUUAGA